CGCAUUUCUCAAACGCACCAUUCGCAUUCCCACGAAACCACAGCACCAACAGCCUUUUCACCACUGCACGAGAAAACAGACUUCCGCCCUAACAGGUACAAUGGCGCAAAGCACCAACUUCAAGGAAGCCUUCUCCUUAUUCGACAAGCGCGGAACCGGACGCGUCACAAUCGAUUCGCUCGGCGACCUCCUUCGCGCGUGCGGCCAAAACCCCACCCUCGCUGAGAUCAAGGACCUCGAGCACCAAGUCGGCGGAGACUUCGACUUUGACAACUUCACCCGCGUCCUCAACCGCCCAGGCGGCUUCCGCGACCCCGGCGAACCCGAAGAGUACUGCCGCGGAUUCCAGGUCUUCGACAAGGACCUCACGGGCUUCAUCGGCGUUGGACAAUUCCGAUACAUCCUCACGAAUUUGGGCGAGAAGAUGAGCGAUGAUGAGGUGGAUGAGUUGUUGAAGGCGGUGGAUACCAGUUCGGGGGAGCUGAACUACAUGGAUAUGGUCAAGAUGAUUUUGCAGAACUGAGCAAGAGGUAUUGAGGGAGAGACAGAUCGUUCUGGAUUCUACUGCGAAGUCUCGUUCCCGUCAUCUCUCAAAAUGCUCUCUUCACGGCGUUUGGACGGAUGAUUUUGCUGGGCUUGAACCUGGAUAUGAUGUGGCGCGGCGUUGCAAUUGGAAGGAAGACAGAGAGAAUCGAGACAUAAGCGGCAAGAAUGUGCGUGACCGAGGGAAGAAGAUGAGCAGGUGAUACGCUGUACAUGGAACCCG